AUGAAUUGCUUUAGUGAUAUCGACUGUUCAUUUAAGAAAUUAACACCUGUUUAUGGAUUUCAUGUUGCAAAACUUGUUCCAAUUGAAGAAGCAUUACAAUCAGUUGAAUCUCAAAUUGAUGAAUUACCAUAUUUUAUUAAAAUAGCUAAAAAACAUUGUCAUUAUCCAUCAGAACAUGGUUUAACACAUGAUGAAUCAGCAUCAAUAUAUAUUUAUACAAUGGAAUGGGGUGAACAAACUUUAUAUCGUGUUUUAAAUAAAACUUUAAGAAAUGAAAAUAGGGAUUUAUUAAAAGUAUGGUUUGCUUAUAUAAAACUACUUGAUACAGCAUUAAAUAAAUUACCAACUGUAAAAGAGGUUGUAUGGAGAGGUAUUACUGCAGAUGUUGGGAAAACUUUUCAUGAAAAUGACAAAAUAACAUGGUGGAGUAUUAAUUCAUGUUCAUCAAAAGUCAAUGUUAUCAAAGGAUUCCUUGGAAAUAAAAGUAAUUCUACAAUGUUUUUAAUUGAAGCAUUGAAUGGAAAAAAAGUAUCUGGUUAUACACAAUUUGAAAGUGAAGAUGAAAUCAUUUUAAAAAUGGGAACAGAAUUUCGUGUAAAAAGUAAUGCAUUAGAUCAUCCAAAUGGAUUAUAUGUCGUUCAUUUAAUUGAAAUUGAUGAUGAUUAUAAUCAUACAACAUUGGCAUCAUCAAUCAAUCAAAUGAAAUUAACAACAAAUCAGAAAAGUUCAAUUCAAAAAUCGAUGACAGAUAAGACGAUCAAAGUCUUUUUCGAACAAUUUGGGGAAACUGUUUAUGUCCCGAUGUCACUAGUAUCUACAAUAGAAGAUGUUAUUAAAUACGUUUGUCAAACAAGUUUGCGUACUAUGGAUAUCGAUUACAAUAAUUAUUAUCUUGCUUCAAAAAAGAAUGAUGAAAUGUUGGAUAACAACAAGACAUUGGAGGAAGCCAAUAUUCUUGCAAUAGAUGAUCCUGAUCUUCGACUGAGUUUGAAAAAAGCAAUUAGAGAGCGAUUGAGGAUGGUUACAUUAAAAAAAUUGAGUGAAAAUCAAGAUAAAAUAGGAAUUAAUCCACAAACACAACCUGAUGAUAUCCAAUGCAAAAAUAUAGACUUCAACAAUGCGACGUCAACAUUCGACUGUUCCGAAGGUACCAACUCAAAUGAACUAAUGUUCAAUGAUGAAAAGUCAGCAGUUUUGAAUAAAUCAGAAUAUACUCCAAUAAGUGAGAACUUAGAAACGAAUAAUUCUAAUCCAAGUCCAGGUUUACCUACACCUUCGUUACCUGCACAAGAUGUAUCAUCUAAAGAUGCUGUAAAUGUAUUACAAAAAGAAGAUUUAGCUCAUAAUUAUCAAAAAGUACAAAAGAAGAUUAAGGAAAUAAGUGAGAAGAUCACUCGUGAUCCUGUUUUACGUCAAAAGAUUGUCGAAAGGUUUAAUGAAAUAAAUAUUGUCGUGUGUGGUUCACCACGAGUUGGAAAGAGCACUUUAAUUAAUGCUAUAUGCCAACAGAAUCUGGCUAAAACACAUCCGGGACUACAUUCCUGUACAAAUAUAACCUCACCCUACUAUUUGAAAGGUAAUACUACAGUUGGUGAUGAAAAUAUAAACUAUCAAUAUAACUUUUGGGACACUCCAGGAUUCGAAAAUUGGGACCAUGCAGGCAUGCCUACUUGUUUAGAACGUAUUAAACAAAAAAUUAAGUCCGACAUUAUAUGUAUCAUCUAUUGUACAUCGCCUGGUUCUUUCGCCAACCUUCGACAACUCGACUGGUUACUAGAAGAAUGUAAAAAGCUGCAUAUAUUUUGUGCACUUGUAUGUACUAAUAAAUGGAAGGGAUUCAAGGAACAACGAGAGGCUGUUAUGCGAGAUUUUCAAGAAACACUCGAGAAAUAUCAUACUAAAACUCGAGAAGAAAAUGGUACUAUCUACUUUGGAAAUAUGGGUCUAUGCACAAGUGUAAAUAGUUUGCCAAUCAAAGAUGAAGAAACACAUAGAGAAUAUAAACAAUCUGGUAUUAAUGAACUUAUAUCUGGUAUUAUGCAAUCAAUUGACAUGGUAAAAGCAGCUCAAUGGUUUAUGGUUGCAUUUGAAAAUGAACCAUUUUAG